AUGUUAGGCCAAAGCCGACAAAACGAGUCCUCGGAGGUCGUAGAAGCGCCGGUCACAGCUGAGACGACCGGCGAAGAUGCGAUGGCCUCUCUGAAGACUAGCGACAAGUUUUACUUCUGGACCCGGCCGGGUACCUCGAAAGAAGAAAAGAAACUGGUGCAGAAAUUAGAUCUCGCAAUUCUCACUUUCUGCUGCUUGACAUUCUUUGCGAAGGAUCUCGAUCGAAAUAACAUCAACAAUGCUUACAUCUCUGGCAUGAAGGAAGACUUGGGUCUUUAUGGUAACGAACUCAAUUGGAUGGUCACUUGGUUCCAGAUCGGAUAUAUCGUUGGUCAAAUACCAUCGCAGAUCUUGUUAACCAAGAUUUCGCCACGAUGGUAUCUUCCCGCCGCGGAAUUCUUAUGGGCGUUUUUCGUCUUGUUUAUUUACAAGUGUCAAAAUGCGCAACAGAUAUAUGCCCUUAGAUUCUGCGUCGGGUUUAUCGAGGCAGCUAGUUGGCCCGGUCUGCAUUUUAUGGUCGCAAUCGUUAACUUUAUACAGAUUGGAACAUGGUACCGAAACCAUGAAAUCAACAAAAGGAGUGGCAUAUUUACAGCAUCCGGGAUCGCUGCCACUAUGUUUUCAGGCUAUAUCCAAGCUGGCAUAUACCAAACGAUUGACGGUCACCUAGGUAUCAGAGGGUGGAGAUGGCUCUUCAUCAUCGACUUCUUGAUCACUUGCCCCAUGGUAAUCAUCGGGUUGAUAAUAAUCCCCAAUCCUUUAUAUGAGAAGAGCACAUGGUGGAUGACCGAAAAGGAGCGACAGAUGUGUAUGAAGCGGCUCGAAGCAGACAACCGCAAGCCCCUGGGUCGGUUUGACCGAACACUCUUCAAGCGCGUGCUUGGGAGAUGGCAUUUCUGGAUUCUGGUGACUUGGUUUUCGCUCAUGUACUUCGUUUACCAAGCUCCAACCACAUCCACCAUGGCGCUGUGGCUUAAGGCAGACAAGUACUCGGUGCCAGAUGCCAACAACUUACCUACUGUCUACUCAGCUGUAUCGAUUAUCUUCAUGUUGGUAUCGGGUACCUACAAUGACUGGAGGGGCUCCCAAGUAGAGUCUGUGGCAUUGAUCUGCAUGACGCAGAUAGUCUCGGAAUCUCUGUUGGUUGCCUGGAACUUGGGAAAGCCGGCUAUUUUCUUCGCGUUUUAUAUUGCUGGAACCAUUCAGUCUCUGUUCCCUAUUAUCGUCAGCUGGACACAUAGGGUCUGUUCUGGAGACGCAGAGGAGAGGGCUAUCGUGAUCGGUGCACUGAACUCGAUUGGGUUGGCCCACGGUACUUGGUGGAAUCAAGUAUUCGUUCCGACAGUUGAAGCGCCUCGCUUCUAUCGCGGCUACCGUGCUGGCCUUGCAGCAUCUCUGGCAUUGUCUGCUUGGCUGCCAGUGGUAAUGUGGUUCACCCGGAGACAGGAGAGGAAGGAGAAGAAUCAGAUAAUCGGCGGCCGAGUUGUUGAAGGCUCGGGGCACGAUACCGAAGAAGGUAGGGCAUCGUUAGAGAAACGAGGGGUUACAGGCAAAUUUACCGAGGAGGCCAAGGGGAAUAAACUUGAAAUCGCGAUGUGAAUGCGGAGAAGGGUCUUUUUACCGUUACACUGAACGAUGGUUUCAUCUAGAUCUUGAGAUUCAACUUCGUUUAUUGCAGACCUGGUAAUAUAUAUCUCAUAUUAUUGAU